AUGGCAGAGGAGGAUCCUAUGGAGACGCUUAUAGAGGAAGAACUCAGUUCUUUAUCCUUCAGCAGCGAGGACAGUUUGAGCCGUGGUGUGUUUUGUGACGAGACGGUGGUGCGCAGCGAGGACGGGUGGCGGCGUCCGACGGGGCUGCUGCUGUGGCCGGAGGAGCAGCGGCCGCUGAUGGAGCGCGAGCGGCGCCGGCCGCCGCAGGCGGUGGGCAGCUACGUGCUGGGCGACAUCCUGGGCUGCGGCGGCUACAGCAAGGUCAAGGACGCCGUGCACACCGGCACGCUCGCGCGCCGCGCCGUCAAGAUCGUCCGCAGGAGCUGCCUGCGGCGCAUCCCGUUCGGCGAGCAGAGCGUGCGGCGCGAGACGUGCCUGCUGGGGGCGCUGCGGCACCCGCACGUGCUGCGCCUGCACGAGGUGCUGGCCCAGCUGCACCCCGACAAGGCCUUCCUCGUGCUCGACUACUGCCCGCUCUCCCUGCAGGCGCUGCUCGACGCCGCGCCCGCCAACAGGCGCGUCUCUACUAAAUACCGCCAGCUCAGCUAG